AUAUAAUACGAAAUUCAAAAUUUAUGAAUUAAUUGGCAGGCCUCAUCAUUUCAGAUUAUUAUAUUACGUGAAUAACUUAAUUAAAUUAAUUAAAACAAGGUGUGUUUUUGGGUUACGCGUAAACCGCUCUUUGUAAUGGUUCUGAAAAUUUGCAUCGCGAUUGACAAAUAUAGAAGAGAGAGCAGUUAUGAAAUAUUCCUGACUUAAUUAGGUGCCGUUAACCAUUAAAAUUAAUACGUCGUGCGUUAAUUCGGCGUGUUAAAACUCGUACAACGGUUGAACGACGACGGCGCUUCAAGAAACACAGCUAUGUUCGCUGUAGGUCAAGGGAGGUGGGCACAUCUGGCUCUUAAGUGAGAGGAUUGUGAGAAAAAAACCCUGCAAAGACCGAGCAAUGGCAAAUAGAAGAGCCCUUUUAACCGCAACUAUGGAACCUUUACCUGGAGCAAAUGAUCCACUUAGAGAAUUAUUUGAAGCGUGUAAAAUUGGGGACAUUGCCAAAGUAAGAAAAUUAAUUACUCCACAAACUGUUAAUGCUAGGGAUACUGCCGGAAGAAAAUCAACACCUUUACAUUUCGCAGCGGGUUAUGGUAGAAGAGAUAUCGUUGAGUUUCUUUUAUCUGCUGGGGCUUCAAUUCAAGCAAGAGAUGAUGGUGGAUUGCAUCCUUUACACAAUGCAUGCUCUUUUGGGCAUGCCGAUGUUGUUAGAUUAUUAUUAGAGGCGAGUGCAAAUCCUAAUACAAGAGAUAAUUGGAAUUAUACCCCUUUACAUGAAGCGGCUAUUAAAGGAAAAAUCGAUGUUUGUAUAGCUUUAUUACAACAUGGAGCUGAUGUAAAUAUAAGAAACACCGAAGGUAAGACUGCCUUAGAAUUGGCCGACUCUUCAACACGUCCAGUUCUCACUGGAGAGUAUCGUAAGGAUGAACUUUUGGAAGCAGCUCGAUCUGGGUCGGAAGAACGGUUACUCGCCUUGCUCAAUCCUUUAAACGUUAACUGCCAUGCUAGCGACGGGAGGCGUUCAACCCCUUUACAUUUAGCAGCAGGUUAUAAUCGUGGUCGAGUUGUACAAUUAUUAUUACAACAUGGAGCUGAUGUUCAUGCUAAAGAUAAAGGAGGAUUAGUUCCUUUACAUAACGCAUGUUCUUAUGGUCAUUUUGAAGUAACGGAAAUGUUAAUAAAACACGGUGCUAAUGUUAAUGCUAACGAUUUAUGGGCUUUUACUCCUUUACACGAAGCGGCUUCAAAAUCUCGCAUAGAAGUUUGUUCUUUGCUUUUAAGCGAAGGGGCUGAUCCUACACUUUUAAACUGUCAUUCAAAAUCAGCUAUAGAUGUGGCCCCCACUAGAGAACUACAAGAAAGAUUAGCUUAUGAAUACAAAGGUCAUUGUUUACUUGAAGCAUCUCGUCAAGCGGACACAACAAAAAUCAAAAAGUACCUUUCAGCUGACAUAAUAAACUUUAAACACCCCUAUACAGGGGACACUGCCCUUCACGCCGUCGUCAGUUCAUUAUACCCCAAACGAAAACAAGUAUUAGAAACGUUAAUUAGGAAAGGGGUUCAUAUUAACGAAAAAAAUAAAGAUUUUUUAACGCCGUUACACAUCGCUGCCGAUAAUUCUCAUUAUGAUUUAAUGGACGUUUUAUUGAGACAUGGAUCAAAAGUGAACGCUUUAGAAUCAUUGGGACAAACCGCCCUACAUCGUUGUGCUCGAGAUGAUAACGUUCAAGCUUGCAGAAUUUUAUUAUCUUAUAAUAUUGAUACAAGUAUUGUUUCAUUACAAGGCUAUACAGCUGCUCAGGUGGCUUCAGAAAAUGUUUUAAAGAUAUUGCAAGAUCCACCUCCUGAGAACGCGGACGUCGAAGCUCAAUUACUUGAAGCUGCAAAAUCGGGAGACUUAGAUCAAGUUCAAAGACUUUUAGGUUCAUAUCCUCACAUCGUCAAUUGUCGCGAUUUAGACGGAAGACAUUCGACACCAUUACAUUUUGCGUCCGGUUAUAAUCGAGUACCCGUUGUAGAAUAUCUUUUACAAUUGGGUGCAGAUGUUCAUGCUAAAGAUAAAGGCGGUUUGGUUCCUUUACACAAUGCUUGCUCGUAUGGACACUAUGAAGUUACGGAAUUACUCGUAAAACAUGGUGCGAGUGUUAAUGUGGCUGAUUUGUGGAAAUUUACUCCGUUACAUGAAGCUGCUGCUAAAGGCAAAUACGAAAUUGUUAAGUUAUUAUUGAAGCAUGGGGCUGAUCCUAGCAAGAAAAAUCGUGAUGGGGCAACUCCUUUGGAUCUUGUUAGAGAUGGGGAUCAAGAUGUUGCGGACCUUCUUCGGGGUAAUGCGGCACUUUUAGAUGCCGCUAAAAAGGGGAAUUUAUUGCGGGUGCAACGAUUAGUUACGUCCGAUAAUAUAAAUUGUAGAGAUGCCCAAGGUAGAAAUUCCACACCUUUACAUCUCGCAGCUGGAUAUAACAAUGUGGAAGUCGCAGAAUUUCUUUUAGACCAUGGAGCGGAUGUAAACGCUCAAGAUAAGGGUGGUUUAAUUCCUUUGCAUAACGCAUCGAGUUAUGGGCAUUUGGAUAUAGCAGCGCUAUUAAUAAAGUUUAAUACUGUGGUAAAUGCGACUGAUAAAUGGGGUUUUACUCCAUUACAUGAGGCUGCGCAAAAAGGUAGAACUCAGUUAUGCGCUUUAUUACUCGCCCACGGUGCCGAUCCUUUCUUAAAAAAUCAAGAAGGGCAAGUACCGAUGGAUUUAGCGUCCGCAGAUGACGUUAGAUGUCUCCUUCAAGAUGCAAUGGCCUCACAACAAGUAGUACCAACAACAGCCGCACCAUCAUCGAGACCCCCGUCCAUCGUUUUGGCUCAAUCCCCAUCUCCGACAAUGUUACCUCUUAACUCGGAAACUGUAAUAAUGCCGUCUGGAGCGUCCAUGACGUUAUCAGUUCCGGUUUCGAGUCGUAACAGUUUGGCAAUUCCUGGUACGGAAGGGGGAUGUUGCGCGGGAUCUAAAGCGGAAAUAACAGCGGUAACCGGUGUAGGAAGCAGCGUCGGGAUGAACGUAGCCACAUUUUUAGCCAAUUUAAAUUUGGAACAUUUGUUUGAAAUUUUCGAUCGCGAACAAAUCACUUUGGAUAUUUUAGCGGAAAUGGGACAUGAAGAUUUGAAACAAGUUGGAAUUACGGCGUAUGGAUUUAGACAUAAGUUGAUUAAAGGGAUGGAGAGGUUGAUGGUUAGUUGUGGGGGGUUGUGGUCAACUCCUUCGAAUCCGGGAACUUUAUUGGUUGAUUUAUUAGCUGAUGAUAAGGAGUUCAUUGCUGUUGAAGAGGAGAUGCAAAAUAGUAUUAGAGAACAUAGGGAUAAUGGACAUGCCGGUGGAAUUUUUGCAAGAUAUAAUAUUGUUAGGAUACAAAAAGUUCAGAAUAGGAAAUUAUGGGAGAGAUACACUCAUCGUAGGCAAGAAGUAGCAGAAGAAAAUAGUAAUCAAAACAACGAAAGAAUGUUAUUCCAUGGAUCGCCGUUUAUAAACGCGAUCGUUCAAAAAGGUUUUGAUGAACGCCAUGCUUAUAUUGGGGGAAUGUUUGGGGCGGGGAUUUAUUUCGCCGAACAUUCCUCUAAAAGUAACCAAUACGUUUAUGGAAUUGGUGGUGGAACUGGUUGCCCCGUCCAUAAAGAUCGUUCCUGUUAUAUUUGCCACAGGCAUUUACUUUUAUGCAGGGUAACAUUAGGUAAAUCAUUUCUACAAUUUAGCGCUAUGAAAAUGGCUCACGCUCCACCUGGUCAUCAUUCGGUAGCUGGACGACCAUCUGCUGGAGGAUUGAAUUUCCCGGAAUAUGUGGUGUACCGUGGUGAACAAGCUUAUCCAGAAUACUUUGUAACUUAUCAAAUAGUGAAGCCCGAAGACUGUUCGGGUGGCGCAGAAUCGGAAGUUAGGUGAUUCGGCGGUGGUCAAGAGAAAUGGGUAGCUUUACCGGUUGGAGAAAUAAACGAACAACGCCGCUGUUGCAGUCUCGUCACCAAUAUGCUCAGCUGUUUCGCCCUUACAAAGACCAAGUGCACGUGCCAAGAACGAUGUAACUAAUUAUUUUAUUUCGAAGAAUUUCGAUUAUUUUUUUUAUGGAUGUAUAUAAAAAUUUAUGAUGAUUUAUGAGAUGGUUUCGUGGCGAACUAAUGGCGAUGUUUUGAAGUAUUUUGGAUCGUUUAGUAUUAAUCGGGAUUUAUUAAAAAACCAGAAAAGUUCUUUUUUCUUUCUAAAAUUGUAAGUUUGUUCAUAAAAAUGUGAUAUUGUACGAUACCAGGUAUAAAUUAGUGAAUAGGUGACGAUGUCUUGUACUUGG